AUGAGUACACCCACUCAAGCACUUUCACCGAUUCGUUCAUUCAAUAGAACUCCAUUACAAUCUCGUCAAUUAUCAGGUUCAACUUCAAAUCUCAAUCCAAAUCCAAUCCCACCAGGUCCUUCACCAGCCUAUACGACCAAUCUAAGAUCACGUCAUGCAUUAUAUGGUACAGAUGAUAGAGUCGUAUUAGAUUUAGGUUCGAAAGUAUGGAAAGCUGGUUUCUCAUCUGAAACUAAACCCAGAAUCGUGAUCUCAACUCAACAACUUUGUUCAUGUGAAUCUCUAUGGAACUUAUCUUCUUCUUCUUCUUCUUCCUCUAAUUCUAAUUCAAAUUCAGUUAAAGUUUCUCAAGAUCUCAUUUUAUUGGGUUUAAGAAAAUUGUUUUUUGAUCAUUUGAUGGUUGAUCCUAAAAUGAGAAAAGUUUUGUUAAUCGAAUCAGCUUUGAUUCCUAUUGAAGUUAGAUCUCAAAUUUCUUUAGUUCUUUUUGAAUAUUUACAUGUUCCUUCGAUUUCGUUUACUCCUUCUUCUGUUUUGGUUUUACUUGCCACUGGUACUGUCACGGGAUUAGUGAUUGACGUAGGUCAUCUUGAAACUUCUGCUUUACCUGUAUAUUUAUCACGCCCAUUGUUUCCACUUGUAAGAUCAACCACAAGAGCAAGUUCAAGAUUAAAUUCACGUUUGAAAGCUCUUCUUUUAAGAUUUGCACCAUUCAUACCGAUUCCAAAAUUCGGUCAAUCUUCAAAUUCAUCUAGUACGGCCAUCAUCGAUCGAAAGAUUCCAGUCCCACGUGAAUUUUUAACAUCAGAAGUGAUAGAAGAUAUCAAGACUAGAUUAUUAUUUGUUUCAAAGGAUCCAUUAAGACCUUUAAGCACUUCAACUGAACUUCUUGAGACUCAUGUGGCUACGAAUUCACCUACUACUAUUAAUCCGAAUGAUUCGAUUCAUGAGUAUUCAGAAGAAACUGAUACAGUUUUACUUGAUUCUUUAGAACGACAUUAUAAACAUUCAACUUCACCGGAAACUAUUGAUAUCACAUAUAAAUUACCAACGAUACAAACUUCUACAAGUAAUCCAAGAGCUCCGUGUAUGGGAGUGAUUAAAAUUCCAGGAUGGAUAAGAGAAAGAGCAGCCGAGAUCUUAUUCACCAAUAGUCAUCAUCAUCAAAUCCAUCAAAUAUUAGAAGAAGAAGAAGAAAGUUUAAGUAUUACAGAAGUGGUUUUAGAGUGUUUGGCCAAUCUUCCGAUCGAUUUACGUAAACCUUUAGUAUCUAAUUUAGUUAUUGCUGGUGGUGGUGCCAUGAUUCCUGGGUUUAUUCCAAGACUUAAAACUGAAUUGAUUCAACUCUUGGAAUCUUCUCAAUUGCAACCUCAAACUUCAAAUGAUUCAAAACCAUCUAAAUCCAAAAGAGGUACCCCGAAAUAUAAUUCGAUUAGUUCAUUAUCAACAUCGAUUCAUAUCUUAAACGAUCCUCACCUAACUUCAAGAAUCCCACCUUUAUCACUCACCAGACCAGCUUCAUUUCAACCUCAUCUUUUAUCUUGGAUCGGUGGUUCAUUAGCUGGUUCCAUGAGAAUUGGUGGUCAAGAAGUUAUAAGAGAACAUUGGGAUUCGGUGAUUGAAGCUUCCUUAGUUUCACAGGAAUUUGCUAUUGAGGAUCGAAAUCUGGAAGAGAUUGAAGAAGAUGGUGAAGAAGAAGAUUGGGAAAGGAGGACAUAUUUUUUUGGUGGGGAUGUUUUAUUAGGAUCUUAUUAUGAUACUUGGAGUUUAUCUCUCAAAGUGGUGUAG